AUGAAGUACACCAUGGCCGUCAUCGCCAUCAUUGGCCUCACCAACGCUAUCGCGAUGCCCAAAGAGGCAAGCAACGGUGUGAACGGCUUGGAAGCUCGCUCCGCACGUCAACCUGGAUUCAUCACCGUCGUCAAGAAACGCAGCGAUGACCCCGGCCCGAGCAGACUGCCACCCUCCAAUGGAAAAGGCCGGGAAGUUGACGACCCGGUCCUUGAUCAGCUACGCGAACAAGAAGACGCCUAUGCUAGUGAGGAUUCGUCUAGUGGGAAGAGCAGGGGGGAUACAGUCACGCCGCCUACGUCUGAGGGGGAGGGCACGAGGUCGCCUUCUCUGGAGGGGAUGCAGCCUUGGCGGCCUGAGGAGAAUGGUGAGGGUCCGGGGUCGCCUACUAUUCCUGCUUUUGCGAAUAGUGAGAAUAGAGGGGCGGAGGAGGAUCCGUACGGGUGGGAGGCGCAUGCUGAUCGGGUGAGGGAGGAGAGGGAGAGGGAGAAUCCGUUUGGGGAGUUUCCGAGGUAUGAUGUUAACGAGAGGUAG